GUAAACACCCCCGCGCCCUGAGAGUGACGGAGGACUGCCAUGAGACUCUGCUGAAAUAAGGCCAGAUGAAGAUGGGGCUGAACAACGUGCUGGUAUUAUCCCAGGUGACGACAUACAUCCUGACGCUGCUGUUGGCGCUCUGUAUCAUCAUCCCCAUCUUCUUCCACCUCAGUGACUUCAAGGGCCACUGCUUGCUGUUCAGCAAUGGUACAUGGCGUGAGACAGAUGGCCAGUUUGUGGUGUCUUGGGCAUCACAAGGCUUUUGCGAUUAUAAUCUCACCUGGGCCUCUGUCUCGCUCCUAAUUGCCCUCAUCCAAACCUACAGGUUUAUAGUACAGAUUUUCCGUGGAACAGAGAGCACAUUCCUGAGUGCAUUCCUUGAUGUUGUGGUAAGCCUCGUGAUGUCGAUUGCAGCCCUGACAGGUGCACUCAUCAUCACUAUUGGCUACCAGACCUGGUGCAAUGCUAUCAUGCUACGUUUUGAGGCGUGUGAAGAUGCCACAAGUAAUGAUAUUGACAAAGAUGAUGAUAUAGACACAGGAAUGUUCUACACCCAGUUUGGAACUGCUCAGUUUGGAGCCUGGACAUCUUGGGUAUGUUGGGUUGGUCUAUCUAUGUUUUCCCUGUUGAAGCUGUGCAAAUAUCACCAGCAGGAAAACAUACGUGUAUCCAUGGCCCGUGAACGAGCCAGACUGGUUAGGGAUCGACAUUCACCUCUGCAAGACUAACCUUCUACCUAAAUAUGUCACAUGUGUAUCACGUAAAAGAGCAGCUUUUUAAGGACUUUUGGUUUCAUACUAUAACCGCACCUUGUAGUUUUGUUAAAGUAGUAAAGUAUUUACUUUUCCAAUAUAAUCUAAAUUGUUUGGAUGUUUAAUGCUGAACUGUACUAUGUAUGAUGACAUUGGAGGCUCCAGUUUAGCCACCUUUAUGUAUGCAAGAAUUUUCUAUCUACAGUAUAUUACUUUAUUUUGCUUGAAAGAAUAGUUUAUGGUUAACAGGACAUCCCAUAGAAAAUACAAUUGGAGUCCUUUUAUAUAUAUAUAUAUUUUUUUUUCCUAUGGGGACAUUGUGUAGAACUAAUCUUGUAGUAUUUUGUUAUGGAACUUAUGGGAAGAAUAGCAUGUUGAAAGAAAUAAUUUUUUUACAUAGCAGAUCUAGGCUGGCUUGACAAAAGAUGUAUGUUGCUGUUAAUGAGAAUGUGAUUUUACCUAGAGAGCAUACCUGGAAAGGGUUCCAAGAGUUCUCCCCAAGUCCGCCUGGGGUCAGGCUUCACUUGUGAUAAAAUGGUCCAACAGGCUGUUCCUUGGACCAGCCCACAUGUCCAGUAUAACCCAAUUGGUUUGGCACUUCUUGCAGGAACCUAUCUAAUUGUUUUUUUAAAAAGUUUACCUUUGUUCGGUAAUAUUUCUAAUGCUUGCUGUGAGAGUACUGAACAGCUGUGGAACUCUGAUGCUCAUACAAAGCCCUCUGAUUGUGCCUAUGGCACCUCUGCUCAUUCUAUUCUGCAUUUCUUUCUGUAUUUUUCACUCAGUAUGUUAUGAUGUACUCACUGACGUACUGUAUUUUGAGCAUGGUGAUGUAUGUGUGUGGAGGAGGAGAAGGGUUACUUAGGUGUGUGUGUGGAGAAG